CGUGACGUACGAGGUGCGAGCGGCCGCUCAGGCGCCGAGGCCCAGCUCCUGCAGCGCCAUCGAGUGCCGGCUACUGGGGCACUGCUAUGCUAGGCAUGAUUAUCAGGAGUUUUACUGUUCGUGUUUCGAUGGGUACUCCGGCGUGGACUGCGGAGUGGGUCCGCUGUGUCCCACGACCUCCAACAUGUGUAAAAAUGGCGGCACCUGCAGACAGAUGGGUCCGGCCGCCGUCAGCUGUAUCUGCGCGCCUGGCUACACGGGGGACCUGUGCGAGGCGCAGGUAGCACCGCCUGAAUGCGGUGUAGAAGAAUGUAAAGAAGUCUGCAAAGAAGGAAACUGUGAUUGUAAACCCAAAGACACUGACUUCACUUCAGCCCGAUACGAAACAAGACUGCAAAUAGUGGACCUGCCAAAUGAAAACAUAUCAGAAGAAAUUAUGAAACAGCUAACAAGCUAUUUGAGGAUAUCAAAUAUAACCUUAGAGGAUGACAUUGAAGUUUUAAAUGUAAGUUCAGUGGCAGUGGGUGGCGUACGGGAGGCAUGGGUGCGCGUAUGGGGCGCGAGACGAGAGGCAGCUGCCGUACGCGCAGCCCUGGCGCGCCUCGCCGCCGCACGCGCACGAUCACCAACGUUACGUUUAUUGCCAACUGCACUACACGUCGAUAUGCACCCUGCACUUACCUUGCAAGCUUUACUAAUCAAUCAACGACCCGAAGUAUGGGAGGGAUCAGAAUUCAUACUGACUUGUAUGGCGUACGGGUCCCCAUACAUUGCAUUCACGUGGUACAAAGACGGUGUCAAGAUUAACUUCAAUGGAACAACAAGAGACAUUUGGACGCGAACAGUUGCAGAAGACGCACUCGGUCGUCGUUUGUCAGUGCUAGGUGUAUCAGAAGCGGAAAGACUGGACAGCGGCAAGUGGUCCUGUGCAGCAGACGAUGCUGGUAGGAGACGCUGCAGAGCGUUAAGACUGACGGUGCUAAGACCGCCUGAGAUACGCCUAGUGCCGUCCACCUUGACUGUUCAUAAAGGUGACAAUGUAAGUAUUACUUGUCUGGCGGGAGCUGGACGAGUGCACGGUGCUCUUGGAUUCAGUUGGGCGAGAGAGAGGACUCUGCUACCUAUGGCACCAGGUAGAGAAGUCUGGGAGGAUCUUUAUCCAGCAGGCAGUGUGCUGAAGCUUUAUAAUGUACAGAAAUCCAGUGAGUUCCGAUGUCAAGUUUCAUCAGUAGCUGGUACCAAUGCCAAAGCGGUAACCAUGUGGGCUCUGGGAACUGACGACGCGGCAUGCGAAAGCGACACCUCGCACGGCUUGCGUUGGCCGAAAACCGCUCCUGGAGCACAUGCAACUGCAUCUUGUCCACCUGGACACAGUGGAGAAACAACUAGGUUUUGUGAGCCGAAGACAGGACAGCAUGGCCUCAAAUGGAGACAGCCAGAUUUUUCCGGUUGUGUUGCUGACUCACUGAGGGAUAUUUAUGAACAGUUCACGUUGAUAUCGAUGGGAUACUCGUGGAGCUCUGUGUCGCACGUGUCUCGUCAGUACGGUGCAGUGUUGCGGUCGCUGCCCACACACCCGGGCGAGGGCGAGCCUCCCCUCACACACGCAGUGCACAUGCUCAACUACCUCAUGUCUCCUGCCGCCCAACCAACUGAUAGAUACCACAGCGCGGAGCAUCUGCUUAAUAUAUACGACAAUCUGCUCAAACACCCUGAUGCCUUCCUGGAUGAAGAGAAAGUCUUCAAUCUUCAAAAUGCUGUGAUGGACACAGCUGGCCUGAAGAAUAACUUCGACAAGCGUUUCCAGGAGUUUACAGUCAAAACGAAAGCAGCACACAAUGAUAUUGCAGCGUAUUUCGAUCUUCAACCAUUUUUGGGGAAUGAGGAAUGGUUCGCGACUUCUGUAGGAGUCGAAUUGACUGCCAAGGCCACCAACACUACCGUGGCGACUGUACUGUACCACAAUUUGGGAGCACGGCUGCCAUCGUUACGAAGAUACAUCGAGUACAAGUCUGGCUGUGCGACACAAUAUACAGUAGCUUCGCAACAAGUACAAGUAUCCGUCAGCGGUGCGGAAGUGGACCCUACGCUUCCUCAUAUUGUUACACUGUUGUUCGCACAUUCCAAGAAUUACAGCGCUAAUGCGCCUCAGCUUUCUUGUGGGAGCCGGUCGCGUUCCUCGCCACGCGUGUGGAGCUCCCAUACUUGUGAGUUGCGCAUACAAGAGCAUACUCAUGUCGCCUGCCGCUGCAGAGGACUCGCCACUAUUGCUCUGUUUACUGUGGACAGCUCUUCACUCACAGACUCCGAAACGGACCUUCGAGGUAUUGUUAAAAUCACAGUGAGCCUGGGAAGUGCAAUGUGUCUUGUGGCAGCGUUACUGCAGUUGCUAAGCCUAGUCGCAGGAAAUGAGACCAAGCUACCUGUGAUGCUGAAAGCUGCUACAGCUGCCACACAUUCAGCUUCACUGCUAGCUUUGUUGGAAUGUGAUACCAGACAUCCGCCUGCAUGCGUUGGACCAUUGGGCUGGGCAGUGGCAGCCUGCUGGUGUGCCGGCUGUGCCGCAUUAUGUGCACAACCAUUGCUUCUACACACUGAACUGGCUGCCACAGCUACUCGAGCACCAUCCGUAGGUCUACUGGCAGGUGUGAGCACAAUGUGUUGGUUAACAGCCCGGCUGUGGGGCGGAGCACCUCUUCAGUUGGGUGCGGCCGCUAAUGUAGUCUGUGGAGCUGGUGCCGCGUUGUUAGCAGCACUCACACUCUGCCUCGCACUCUGUGCUGCUAGGACGCUACGGACAGUGACACACAAGCUACCGCCCGACAGACGAGAAUACGUGCGGGAGAGAGCGCGAGUGGUGCGCCAUACAUUAGUACUACUCUUCACUACUACAGCGACACAGGCUGCAGGAGUAGCGUAUGCGCAGCCAGGCGAGAGGACCAUGUCUCUCGUUGUAUCGCUGUCUAUAGCUUCGUUAGCUAAUGGUCUGGCCAUGUUAAUCUGCUACCUGAUCUGCGACGAGGAGUGUCUACGAGCAGCUCGACGGUUGCUCACGCUCUCCACACACAACGAAUGGCAGGGUACUACAGAGGGAGACACAUCACUUAGUUUGUACAUAAGACAAGGUCGAGAGAUGGAGUGUCGCGGUGCAGUAGGCUCGCUGGAGUGCUCCUCGUCCCACGUGUCGCCCGCCAACACGUACUGGCGCGCCACUCCGCUGCAGAGCCCCUUGCAUCGGCGCGGGUCGAGCGGUGCGUGUGUGGCGGACAUAGUGCGCUGCGUGGAGUACAAGCAGGCACUACUACCACCACGAGUUACGGAGACUCGAGCUCUCUGCGACCUCAUACCUACAGCUGGUGGUGCGGGCUCGUGCAUGGGUAACCAGUCACACGUCUCCCACGUGUGUGUCGAGUUGCGUGUGUUGCCUACAUCGCCGCCAAUACCUGCCGAGUCACACAAACAACCGUACACUGGAGACUCGUCUGACACACCCAAGGAAAGCUGUAAAAUCUGCACUCAAUCUAACCCUGACGUGUCAGCAGUGAACACAGUACCUCGUCCUAUCAAGAGCUGCCUCAAGAAACGUCCGCCUCAACUAUCGUGGAGCACGUCACUGCCGUCCAUCCACCACGAGAGCAACGAGCAGAAUAACUCCCAUCUGCAGCUCGUAGACACACAGUCCCAAACUCCCACCACACACAGCACAUUCACACAGACAGACAAAGUGCUCCACAAGAUAUCCCACGACCUGGACUUCCUACUGAACAGGACGCCCAGCCGCGUCGCUAACAACUGUCCGCAACAGAUAGAGGAAGCACCCACUUAGUGCACAGACAUGUAAUUGUAAUGUGUAGUUGUAAGUAACUUGAUAAUAUGAAAACAGGGAACAAAUCUGACUAUGUAAGAUGUAGUAAUGUAAAUAUGUAGUAAUAAAUUGUUAUGAUUGUAAAAUUGUAUCAAAUCAGGGUAUACCAAUGUUCUGUUCAGCGCAGAGACUUCAGUUCAUUCUAUCCUUGAAGUUUGGUUGGCCGAGAUCGGUCUAAAUUAUUUUUUAAAGUAAUGUGUUUUAAUAAUAGUUAUACAAAAAUAUAAAAUACAUGUAUUGCAAUAAUAGGUGACUAUACAUU